AGCACUUUUGCUGUAUCGACUAGACGGGGCGGUUGGAAGAGAAUUAAGUAAAAUAAAAUCAUAAAAAGUACGAAACAUCCGUGGACUUUCUGCGCCAAUAACUUCAGAAGUGGGAUCGUAGCCCUUUAAAGUAUCUGCCUACAUAAGUAUUUGUCCACUGGCAUCCCCGACAACGAGUAUUUUCCACAUUUUAUAAAUGGCCGAGGAAACCAUGGCAAACAUUGACAAAGAAAAAAUUGUAGAGUGGUUGCUGGAGAAGGAGAUCAUUUUUCCAGCCAGCGCAACACUAAGGCAACUUCGUAAGCUUGCCAUAAGUGGUGGAAUGGACGAAGUUUCUGAAAGUCUGGUGAAUAAAUCGGAUAUUGAAUCGGAUGAAAAAGUGUCUGAAAAUGAGCAGAUCGACGAUAUGAAAGAAGAAAAAUUACUUGACGCCGCAAUAAGGGUGGCUGAGAAAAAGAAGAAACUGGCUGCUUUAAUGGUAAUGGACAACUAUAUGACCGAUGACAUCCGAAUGGUCAAGCAACUUAUUGCCCCUUUUUCUGCCAGUGAAAAUGAUGAAGCCUCUGAAUGGGUCUUGAAUUUUGAACGGAUUUGCGGAGGCGUGAACGAAAGCAGCAAUUUUAAGCUUCGUUGUGUGCGCAUGUUGAUGAAGGCGGGAACAGAGGCGGACUUGUUCAUGCGUGUCGACAAAUCAAAGACUUACGACGAGUUUAAGGGAAACUUCCUAAAAACUUUUGGUCGCAGCAAUUCAACUGCCGACGUGGUACUUCUGUUGAAGGAAACCUUUUUCAACCCGGAGAAAAACUCCGUAAUGGGAUAUAUUCUUCGCAUGGAAGAAAUUGCUAUGCGUGCCGACAUCGAAGAGAAAUUGACAGUGCAGUUCAUCGUUGAUGGUUUUCGUGAUCGAUCUUCCAGUAUCGCCUUAUUGUAUUCAGCGUCGACCAUCGGAAAACUUAAGGAGCUAGCUCGACAAUACGAGGCUUUGAGGAAGAGUACCCAGACGAAUUUUGAGCGCACUGGGAUGACCGCUUCCGGAAAUGACCGGAGCCAGGUGCGCUGCUAUAAUUGUUCAGCACAUGGCCAUUAUGCUUCAUCGUGUCCCGCACCUAAGCGGGAGAAGGGAUCGUGUUUCCAGUGUGGAUCCAUGCAGCACCAGGUGAAGGAUUGCCAACAGAAGCCUAUGCCAACCCAGCGAUCCGUGGGUACAGCCAGCAACCCGCCAAUGGACGACAGAGAGGAGAACAAUAUUUUUGUUCCUAUUGUUAAUCAGCGCUAUUAAUUUGAUGCAGCGCUCGGCGAUACCUUAUGAAAAUUUUGAUGGUGUAUUAAGACCGACAGAGCAUUUUGGAGUUAACGGUUCGAGAAUAAGCAUUUUUGGAAAAAUAAUUGUCAAUUUAGUUUUUCAUAACAUUGAAAAAGAACUUAUAUUUUUCGUUGUACCAAACAACUAUAUUUCGUGUAAUGUCCUUCUGGGGCGCAGUUUCCUUGAAAAUUAUGGAAUAAAAUUAAUUUUUGAAAAUGAAAUUGAAAAUGUAAAGCGAGUUACGCAAAGCAAUAUGGUCUCAAUUGAAAAUAGAGUAUUAGUAAACAGUGACUUAGAUGAAAAUAGGGUAUUAGUGAACAGUGACUUAGAUGAAAAUAGAGUAUUAGUGAACAGUGACUUAGAUGAAAAUAGAGUAUUAGUGAACAGUGACUUAGAUGAAAAUAGAGUAUUAGUGAACAGUGACUUAGAUAAAAAUAGAGUAUUAGUGAACAUUGAGAGUGACCAAAUUGAAAAUGUAGUAUUGACAAAUAGAGAUAGUGAGAUGAUGUUAUCAGAUAUCAAUAAUAAUGGAUUAUUAAAGGAUGAAAAUUAUGAGAAUAAGAUUAGUGACCAAUUGAAUUGUAAUAACAUUGACCUUUUAUUGAAAGAUAACGAGCAAAAGCAUAUGGCAAGUGAAUCAUUAGAAAGAACCGACAUAGAUAUACCGUAUAUAUAUAGUAUUGAAAUAACAAAAGAAGAGGACA